AUGCGACCUUUGGGCUGGGGCUCGGCCCUGUUGGCCCUGGGCUCUCUGGUCUUGCAACCCCUUUCGGUCGGCGCCCAGGGCGAAACGAAGAUCCAUGAAAAAGGUCGAUGUGCGAUUCGUGGCCACUGCGGCAAGAAGUCGAUUUUUGGUGGAGAGCUUCCCUGCCCUGACAAUGGUCUGGCGCACCAACCCGAGGAGGAGACACGAAAAAAGUUGGUUGGAUUAUGCGGGCACAAAUGGGAGGAAGGCCCCGUCUGUUGUCGUGAUGAGCAGAUCGACGCGUUGUCCAGCAAUCUGAAACUGGCGGAAGGUAUCAUUGCCUCCUGUCCAGCGUGCCGAGAAAACUUCUUUAAUAUAUUCUGCACUUUCACUUGCUCGCCGGACCAGUCGCUUUUUGUUAACGUCACGACUGCCGAAGAAAACAACUCCGGAAAGAAACUCGUGACGGAGCUAGACAACGUAUGGACCGAGGAGUACCAGAGCGGCUUUUUUGACAGUUGCAAGAACGUUAAGAAUGGCGCUUCUGGUGGCAAGGCUAUUGACUUCAUCGGCGGGGGUGCGAAGAACUAUUCCCAGUUUCUCAAGUUUUUGGGAGACAAGAAAUUACUCGGGAGCCCCUUCCAGAUAAAUUACCUGACCGAGCCCAAUGGACCCGGUGCCGACAGCAUGAAGGCUCUUCCUUUGAAGCCCAAGUCUUGCAACGACCCAGACAAAUCUUAUCGCUGUUCCUGCGUCGACUGCCCGGACGUGUGCCCGGAGUUACCUGCAGUGUCCAUUGAGAAGGCCUGCCAUGUGGGCCUCCUGCCAUGCCUCUCGUUUGCGGUGAUUAUCAUCUACUCGACAUUUUUGGUACUAGUGAUGGGGCUCGCUAGCUAUGUCACAUACAAAGAACGUCGGUUCCGCAAACCGGAGCGAGUGCGUCUCCUACAGGACCCUCAUCCAAGCGACGAUGAUGACGAAGGCGAGGUUGUCCGUCGGGGCGGGUAUUUGGAACAGCUUCAUGGGGUCUAUAAGCCCAACUCUUGGCUCUCUGCUUUAUUUCACCGUAUUGGAGGAGCGUGUGCUCGAUUUCCAGCCAUUACCAUUGGCUCCAGCCUUAUUGUUGUGGUGAUUUUGAGCCUGGGCUGGCUACGAUUCACUGUCGAAACCGACCCGGUCCGCCUCUGGGUGAGUCCUUCAUCUGCUGCUGCACAGGAAAAAGAGUUCUUUGACAAGAACUUUGGGCCUUUCUACCGGGCUGAGCAAGCAUUCUUGGUAAAUGAUAGUGGCCCAGUUCUCGAGUAUGACACUCUUGCGUGGUGGUUUGAUGUGGAAUCUCGGGUGCGACGUAUGAUCUCGUUGGAUCAAGGCCUGAAUCUGGAUGACGUCUGCUUCAAGCCCACUGGGGAUACUUGUGUUGUGCAAUCCCUAACUGGUUACUUUGGAGGAUCUGUCGCCAACCUUGACCCUGAUACGUGGACGAAUCGCCUGCGCCAUUGUACAGAAUCUCCCGGCGACCCUAGCUGCCUUCCCGACUUCAAGCAGCCUCUCAAACCAGAGAUGAUUUUGGGCGGCUAUGAAGACACCGACAACGUCCUCGAUGCCCGAGCUCUGGUUGUUACAUGGGUAGUGAAUAACUUUGCCCAAGGCACUGAAAAAGAGAAAAAAGCAGUUGACUGGGAGAAUAGCUUCCGCCAUCUCUUUGCUGAUGUUCAAGAAGAAGCCUCCCAACGUGGUUUACGCGUCUCAUUCAAUGCCGAAGUCAGCCUGGAACAGGAGUUGAAUAAAUCGACCAACACUGAUGCAAAAAUUGUUGUUAUCAGCUAUGUCAUCAUGUUUCUCUAUGCCUCAAUCGCAUUGGGCUCCGUCACGGUGACCUGGCGAUCUCUCCUUAACAACCCUGCCAAUGCCCUUGUGCAGUCCAAAUUUACGUUAGGCAUUGCAGGUAUCCUGAUUGUAUUAAUGUCGGUUUCUGCCUCUGUUGGACUCUUUUCCGCUGCGGGCGUCAAAGUUACCCUGAUCAUUGCCGAGGUCAUUCCCUUUUUGGUUCUCGCUGUGGGCGUGGACAAUAUCUUCUUGAUCGUCCACGAAUUCGAGCGCGUUAACUUCAGCCACCCUGACGAAGAGAUCGAUGAGAGAGUUGCUCGCGCUGUGGGCAGGAUUGGACCCAGCGUAUUUCUCUCCGCAUUGACUGAAACGGUGGCAUUUGCUCUCGGAGCUUUUGUUGGUAUGCCUGCGGUCAAGAAUUUCGCAGCGUAUGCAGCGGGCGCCGUGUUCAUCAACGCCAUUCUGCAGAUGACCAUGUUUAUUUCUGUCCUUGCCCUCAACCAGAGACGAGUACAGAGCCUUCGUGCCGACUGUUUCCCCUGCCUCACUGUCAGGAAAGCCAAUUCAAAUGGCUUACCGGCGGAGCAGAUCUAUGACGAGCAUGAGGCGGAAAGUACCUUGCAAGGCUUCAUCCGUCGGGUCUAUGCUCCGUUCCUUCUUGAUCGCCGCGUCAAGGCUGUCGUUGUCCUUGCUUUCUUGGGUCUCCUCACAGCCGGGUUGGCAUUGAUUCCCCAGGUCGCCCUCGGGCUGGACCAGCGAAUUGCGCUCCCGAGCGACUCAUACUUGAUCUCAUAUUUUAAUGACCUCGACGCGUAUUUCCGCACUGGUCCUCCGGUAUACUUCGUCACUCGCGAUGUCAAUAUCACCGAGCGAAAACACCAACGGCAGCUUUGCGGACGGUUCACCACCUGUGAAGAGUACUCCCUUCCAUUUGUUCUGGAACAGGAAGUCAAGCGGCCGAAUGUGUCUUACCUCACUGGAUCGGCGGCCAGCUGGAUCGAUGAUUUCUUUUACUGGUUGAAUCCCCAACAAGAUUGCUGUCAAGAAAACGGCAAGACGUGCUUUGAGGGUCGCUCUCAUCCAUGGAACCUCACGUUAUAUGGCAUGCCGACUGGGUCGGAGUUCAUCCACUACGCCCAAAAAUGGAUUGAUGCACCCACGACCGCAUCCUGCCCCCUCGGGGGGCAAGCUCCCUAUAGCAACGCGCUCGUAAUCGACUCGCGACAUACCAUGAUAAAUGCCAGCCAUUUCCGGACCAGCCACAUUCCCCUUCGCAGCCAGGAUGACUUCAUUCAGGCAUACAUUGCAGCUCGUCGAAUUGCCGAUGGACUCUCACAGUCCCACCACAUUGAUGUGUUCCCUUACUCCAAGUUCUACAUCUUCUUCGACCAGUAUGUGUCCGUCGUCCGCCUGACUGGUACCUUACUGGGAUCGGCUGUUGCCAUCAUCUUUGUUCUCACCUCCGCCAUUCUGGGUUCGAUCGCGACCGGUGCGGUCAUUACCACUGUAGUGGUAAUGACUGUGGUUGACAUCAUUGGCACCAUGGCCCUUGCGGGCGUGUCUCUGAAUGCGGUCUCCCUGGUCAACCUCGUCAUUUGUGUUGGCAUUUCAGUUGAAUUUUGCGCCCAUAUUGCCCGCGCCUUCAUGUUUCCCUCGCGAACAUUGCUCGAGAAGGCCCCGGCUUCCUUCCGCGGUAAAGAUGCUCGUGCUUGGGCUGCUUUGGUCAACGUGGGCGGCAGUGUUUUCAGCGGCAUUACGAUCACGAAACUGCUUGGCGUGUGUGUUCUGGCAUUUACGCGCAGCAAGAUUUUCGAGAUCUACUACUUCCGAGUAUGGCUGGCGCUGGUGGUGUUCGCUGCCAUCCACGCUCUCAUCUUCCUUCCAGUUACCCUCAGCUAUUUCGGUGGUGGCGGAUACUUUGACCCUGCAUCCGAUGGUGGAUUGGAGGCGAAUCUUGCCUCGCGGGGGUACCGAUCGUUGCUGGUCGACGAUGAAUAUGACUCCGACGAAUACUAA